AGAGGUUUAGCCUCCCAACGCUUAAUGCAGGACUCUCCUGGGAGUAAUUACUGUGAAGCGCCUGGUCCGGCCGGUGCGUAGUUGGAUGAGGAGAUCACCCCAAUGUCAGGAAAUAGGGGAGGGGGGGGUGCUUAACUCGGGAGAUAAAGCCAGGCUAAUAGAGUUGAGGCAAAGCGGUAUUUAAAGUUUUUUUUUUUGGUUAAGGCCGUUAGUUAGCCGUUAGCUGCUGACACAGGACAGGGGUGUGGCUGAUUGGCUGGUCACCACUUAUCAGAGGUGUCAAGCUAGGCUGCUAUACCAAGGCCCUGAGGAAUCCAUUAGCAUCAUAUUCUGUGAACUCCUGACCUGAAGAUACAGUGUAGCUUUAAGGUGUUUUAUUUUGUUUAACUUCUCGUUCUGUCUACUCUGUUGGGACAAGUCAGUCACAAGCUGUUCUCAUUGGCAGGAACUUGAAGAGAGGCAGUUUCCUAGAGCUCAGAGGUCAGGCCAUGACCCCGAGGGAGCAGCUGAGAAAGAUGUCAGCGAUGGGGGAGCAGGGGGCUCUGGAUGAGAAACACUGGUACCGCCUGGUCAAUGGCAUGUCUGCUGGAGAGCUACGUCAGCGGCAGGAGAUGAUGAUGAGAAACCAGAUGACCAUGACUCCUCAGAUCCUGGCCCAGGGACAGCAGAGGCUACAGGGGGUGCCCACCCAGUUUGAGCCCCGCUUCAUGGAAAGAGAGCUAGCUCCUCCCUCUGAGAUGGUAUCUUCUGAGGUCAGGCAGAUGCACAUGGGGGGUCACCUCGGUCCGCCCAUGCCCCCACACCCUGGUAUACCUGGCAGGGGCUUCCCUGGAGCUGGCUAUAGCUUCAUGCCCUCAGAGCCCAUGGAGACAGUUGCCCGGCGACAGGAGCUCAUCCACAAGCAGAACAUCGCCAGGAUGGAGAUGAAUGCCAUCCUCCAUCAGAAGGAGAUGGAGAACGCGCAUCAGAAGGGUCUGAUGGGUAUGGAGGCGCCCAUGAUGUACCAGUCCAAUGCCAUGGCGUUCCGAGGGCGCCAACGCCUCCCAGACGGCCACGACGUCUUCGUCCACCGCACCACCCUGGAGGAAAUGCAGGCCAACAGCCUCCUGAUGUCCUCCAGCCCCUAUCCACCAAUCAGCACGCUGCAGAGGGAGAGGAGCCGCAGGGUCGGUCGCAGGGCAACUAAUCACAAGAGCACAGAGAGCCACGCGUCGGGCCCGAAGGGCCAAUCGGAAGACAAGAGCGUGGAGCAGAGUCCCGGCGGUGCCUCGGGAGAGGAGAAAGAGGCGGAGGGGAAAAUGGACAUGGGAGGGGAGGCGGCCAGCAAACAACAUCAAACCAAAAUGGACGCACAGCUCUCGGCGGGCAGCAGGAAGAGCUACAAGGAGGAGGAGCAGGGCCUGCGCAAGGCCUGCAUAAACAGUCAAGAUGGCUGCCCUGACGUUACCAACUGCAACAGUGGCACCAGCGACAAAGACAUGCCUGGCCAAUGCUCUGCGUUCCAGUAUCCCUCCACCAGUGGGCCUAUCCCAGGCAUGCCUUACAUGUUCCCUCAUGGGCACCCCAAUCUCUUUCUCAACGGAGAAGAUAUGUCCUCUAUCCAAGACCUCAGGAAGUGGACAGUGGACGACGUGUACAACUUCAUCAACAACAUACCCAGCUGCUCUGAAUAUGCUCAGACGUUCAAGGACCACGUGAUAGAUGGGGAAACGCUGCCGCUCCUGACAGAAGACCAUCUACUGGACACCAUGGGACUGAAGCUGGGCCCUGCACUCAAGAUACGAUCACAGGUGUCUCGACGGCUAGGCAGCAUGUUUUAUAUGAUGAACCUGCCGCUCGCCGCCGCCACCGCCCUGCAGGCCGCCCCUGAGAAGGCAGGAGGAGGCCGAUCAUCAGAGAUUAGCUCCCCUGUUAACUGUAACAGUGUGGAGAUGAUGGGCAGCCCGUGCAACAGAGACCCAGAGGGCCUGAAACCAACCGACUCCCUCCCAGAGAUUGACAACCCCUCUCCCCCUUCGGCCAGCAGUGGAACUGCCUGAGGCAUCAGUGUGUGGGAGAAGAGUCGUCAGCCAGUUGUUCAGAUCCAAGUCGACCACUAGCCCCUACCACAUACAUAUAGACACAUACCCUCUAAGGACUUCAUGUAGAUGUUUAAGCAUGGGAUGGGUAUAAGUGAUAUAGUAACAGCUGCAUCUUGCCCUCUGAUUGGCUAGAUGGAAUAGUUGCUGUGUUGGAUACACCUGUCCAACCUUCAGAAGUGCACAGCGAGUAGGAAAUAGGGUUCAAUUAGGAAUUCAGCAAGCGUUUCAGCCCAAAGAGCUGCUUUUAAGCUGCUAACCAUUUCCGUCAGGCAAUGGUGUUCAGUUUUCUAGUGUGUGCCCUGCAGUGUUUAAACUGCUAGGUGUAUGAUGGCAUUUUUGUAUGUAUUUAGUUACAGUUUAAAUGUUUGGUACUGUUUUUCCACCAUGUUUCAGAUUCAAGAUGGAGGCAUUAAACCCCAAGCCGUUAGAAAUAUAAAUGGCUUGAUGAAGAAUGGGAAGAACACUGAAUAUACACAUGACCUCUGUGUUUGGGGGGAAAAUAAACUGUAUUAUGUAAAUA